AAGCGCAUUUUGAUCAUGACGACGGCGUCGGUGCCCUGGCUGACGGGCACGGCCAUCAACCCGCUGCUCCGCGCGGCGCACCUGACGGCGGGGCGGCCCGACGGCGCCGUGACGCUCUACCUGCCCUGGCUCGAGCCGGAGCGGCAGCACGAGGUCUACAAGGACAUCCGCUUCGAGACGCGCGGCGACCAGGCGCGGUACGUGGCCGCGUGGGUCCGGGACACGGCGGGCAUGGCCGAGGCGGCGGAGAAGCUGCGCAUCGCCUUCUACGACGCCCACUACCACACGCCCCAGGGGUCCAUCUACCCCAUGGGGCGCACCGUCGAGGCGCUGCCGCGCGCGGACUUCCGCCGCUACGACGGCGGCGGCGGCGCCGAGGCGGGCGCCUGGGCGCCGGACGUCGUCGUCCUCGAGGAGCCGGAGCACCUGAACUGGUACUCCUUCGUCGACGGCGACGCGUCGGCCUGGCGGUCCCAGGGCCACGUCGUGGGCGUCGUCCACACGCACUACGUGUCCUACGCGGCCACGGAGCGCGCGUGCGGCGGCCUCUUAGGCGAGCUCGUGCACCCCGUCGUCGGGCCCUUCAAGGCCAUGAUGGCCCUGCUCAUGAGCCGCUGGAUGACCAACGGCCACUGCCACCGCAUCGUCAAAUUGUCGAACACGCUCCCGCGCGUCGGCAACGACGACGCGGAGGUCGUCUGCAACGUCCACGGCGUCCGCGGCGCGUUCCUCGACGUCGGCGAGGGCCGCAAGGCGCGAGGGACGGCGGGCACCGAAGGCGCCUACUUCAUCGGCAAGCUCAUCUGGCAGAAGGGGCUCGACGACCUGGGCCGGCUCCUCGCCCACACGGCCAGGGAGUUCGGCGGCACGUUGCCCGGCGGGCCCGUGCACGUCGUCGGCGACGGGCUCCACCGCCACGACGUCGCGAGGUCGUUCGCGAAACGGAAGCUCCCCGCGGUCUUCCACGGCCGCCGGGACCACGCGGAGCCCCUCUGCCAGGACUUCCGCGUCUUGGUCAAUCCGUCGAAAACGGAGGUGCUCUGCACGACCAUCGCCGAGGCGCUGGCCAUGGGCAAGUGGGUCGUCAUCCGCAAGCACCCGUCGAACGAGUUCUUCUACGACUUCCCGACGUGCCUCCCCUUCGAGACCAAGGCCGAGUUCGCGACGCACUACGCCUUCGCGCUGCGCCACGAGCCGCCGCCCCUCAGCGACCGCAUGCGCCGGCGCCUGUCCUGGGCCGCGGCGACGGACCGGUUCUGCGAC